AUGAUCAUGAUGUCAGGGUGCCUGGUGGUGACUGGAGCCGCCGUGGCUUCCCUGUCCCUCAUCAUCAGUUUGUACAUGAGGCCUGAAGAGGCAUUCCGGUCAAGAUACAGACUCAUCAUGAAAGAAAUGACGGAUACGAAAGUUCCACCAGCUCUUCGAGACAAGGUGGAAACGUUUUACAAGAUGUACUGGCACAAACAGCGUGCUGUCUCCAAGACUCAGCUGCUGCCGACCUAUCCACCAACCCUGCCCGCUACUAUUAACCUUGACAUCUAUUUCGAAGCGACACAGAAGAUACUCUCAGAGCUCGCCAAGAAAAUGGAGACCAUCCACUACAUCCCUGGAGACGCCAUCAUCAAGCGAGGAUCUAAGAAGUGCAGGAUUAUCUACAUCACUUAUGGAGAUGUUGAAAUGUUGACAGCUGAGGAUGACACUACAGCAAUACUGCGGAUGACGCGCGGUACCGUGCUGACUCCGUGCGGGGGAGCGGCUGCAGAGGCCCUCACCAGCUCACAUAUUGCCGAUCACAUUGAAAGGGUGAAAAGGCACUACUGUAUGAAGGAACCAGUUGAAGCUAUGCACAAGAGCAGUAUCCUGCAGUUCAAUCGCAAUUUGAUAGCGUUGAAGAGCAUGAAGAAUAGUCAAGGCGUUCCCUUGCUGGCCAGUCCUGACAUCUUUCUGGAGAUUGCUGGCUGCUACAUCAUAAGAAAUGUUCAUCCAUACAAUCUGAUAUUCAAGAAGGUUGUUACCAUGGAGUUUAGGUUCUUCGACUUCGCUAUGACCAUCGUGUAUGUGUUGGACCAUAUAGUAUACUUGUCUACAGGAGCAAAUGUUGAGGAAGGAGUGCCGAUAACAUUUGCACAGACAUCUUCGAAACAGAUGCGCAGCCACUGGUUCGUGCUGAACGUGGUGGCCACGCUGCCUAUCUUCGAGUUCGUCGGUGAUGGCCAUUUUGCUGGCAUCAAUAAACUCCUCAGCGUGCCAAAGCUGUUCCGUGAACUGAAGAGCUUGGAGGAGAGCUGUGGGUACCGCAGUAACGUGCUCCGUUUCUUGUCCUACACUCUGCUGCUGCUCAUCGCCUGCUACCUCAUUGCCGCCAUCCAACAGGGCUUCAUGUGCUUCCAGUGA